AUGGGUCUUGAUGAUAUAUAUACGUGGGGGGACCCGUCCCAAUCCUACGGGGUCGGGGAUACACCAUAUGUGACACAAAAAUUAUAUGGAUUCGGCGAUACGUCCCAAGACCAUUGGCUCAACUAUGACCAACCAUAUUCGAAGUUAGUAGAUGACAUCUUCGGGCCACCACCUACACAAUCUAGAAAUGCACCCAUAUAUGAAUCAAGGCAGGCACAGGUUUCGGAUCCGGAGUCAGAGGCACAGUCAUCGGCCAGUUGGGUUGGGUAUGUUGCAGAACCGUAUAACGCCAAUCUUUCCAAAAAUUACGCUUGGGUACUAGGUGAGAUACCAUCGUACUUAAGGCCGUACGUUGUAGGCGCACAAAAUGUUAAAGGAGACGGUAACUGUGGAUUUCGAGCUACCGCUGUAGCUUUGGGGCUAGAUGAGGAGAUGGGUGCAGAGUGGGUUCGUACGCAGAUGCUAGCGGAGUUUGAAUCUGACCUCGAAGGGUACAUGCAAAUGUUUGGGCAAACAGAGGGCAACCGAAUGUUGACGGCGCUGCGAACAUCUUAUUAUGGACGAAGCCGACCCAUGCAUCAUUGGAUGAGUAAAGUGUGGUUCCAUAUCCUCCUGGCCAAUAAGCUGGGUAUAAUAGUCAACUGCGUUAGCCUACGUGACCCCCGAACAGUAUUUCCGAUGCAUCACGGCUUAGAUCAGCUGUUAUUCAAACAACCGAUAAGUAUUGUGCUGAUAAACAACGAAACCCAUUUUGUUGCAGUGAAAUUAGCAGGCGACUACCCAAUGGCCUACAAGAAUCCGGAAUGGGAAUUUCACGCAACCGAUCCUGCACGUCGACUAGCAAUAACGCACGCAAAUCAAGAAGAUGCGUAUCAAAAUUGGUUGUACGCAAAAAUGCCAAGAGUACCACCAGACCCUCCUAUUGUAAUAAAUGAUUAA